AUGGUGGGGGAUUUUAAUGUGAUUACCAGUGAGAGGGAAAAGAGGGGAGGCUUGCCUUUUCGGUCUUUCGAAGGCCUGAAUUUCUUGCAGUUUAUGGCAGAGGCAGGGGUGGAGGAUGCAGGUUUCUCUGGCUCGAGGUUUACCUGGUGUUACAACCGCUCAGGCGCGGCACGAAUCUGGAAGCUUUUCGAUAGGUUGUUGAUGAAUGGGGUGGCUCUGGAGCUACGACACCAGGUCACGGUUCAGCACUUGGGGCGGGACCCGUCGGAUCACUCGCCGCUGCUGUUAUCGGUGGUUACAUGUCUGGACGACAAGCCCAGGCCAUUCCGAUUCCUGAACUUCUGGACUACGCAUAAGGAUUUCCUGGAGGUGGUUAGAGGAUGCUGGGCACAGCCAGUAAGUGGGUCGCCUAUGCAGCUAUUGGCAUUGAAGCUGCGGGCCGUUAAAACGGCAUUGAGGCAAUGGUCGAAGGUUUCGUUUGGGGAUAUUUUCGAAGUAGCUAGGAGUGCAGAACGGGAAGUGAUGGAGGCAGAGACUCGGUAUGAUCUGGAUACGAUGGAGCUACUGCGGAGUGACUUACACCAUGCUCGGGCAAGACUGCGGUACGCCCUGAACAUCGAGGAAAGCUUCUGGCAGCAGAAGGCACGGGUGAGGUGGCUUCGAGAUGGGGAUAGAAACUCUAAAUUCUUCCACUCAGUGGUGGCCGAAAGAAGGCAUCGGGCUGUGAUUCAUCGGGUGCGGGGAACAGAUGGGGAGUGGAUAGAGGAGGAGGUACAGAUAGGAGAGGCUGCCGUGAGGUUCUUCCAAGAGCUGUUCAUGGCAGACAGUGAUCCGUCGCCCCAGCAAAUUAUGGACCUCGUGCCAGAAUUAGUCACUGCCCAGGACAACGUAAUGCUAACCGAGAUACCAUUGCUGGAAGAAGUCAAGGGUAUAGUCUUUGCCCUGAAUGAGGAGAGUGCAGCGGGCCCCGAUGGGUUCGCAGGGAAGUUCUUCACCGUCGCCUGGGAGGUGAUCGCCGUGAAUGUUUAUCAGGCAGUGGUGAGUUUCUUCUGUGGGGAAGACAUUCCUAGGAGUAUCACGGCUACGUUGAUCGUGCUGUUACCGAAGGUGGACAAUCCUCAGGACUUUACUCAAUUUCGGCCAAUCAGCCUGUGUAAUUUUGCCAACAAGAUCAUAUCGAAGUUGUUAGCGGGGAGGUUGGCAAAGCUGCUGCCUCAACUCAUUUUCCCACAGCAGAGCGGGUUUGUGCAAGAGAGACAGAUUGCGGAUAAUUUUUUGCUGGCCCAGGAGCUGUUGAUUGGUAUCACGAAGCCUAAUCGGGGAAGGAAUGUAGUGAUUAAGUUAGAUAUGAUGAAAGCCUAUGAUAGGGUCUCAUAG